UCCAUGUCGCGCCGCCUGCGUAGCCCGGAUCCAUCGGAAGACCAACAGACACCGAGUGCUGCAUCUGUUGGUACACGCGGUGCGAGCCCAAAUAUGUCCUCUCGGCGUUCCCACAAGCGCAAGACCGAGGACACCGAUGCGGACAUAACGCUCGUGAAGGCGGAGGGCGCGGCUGAGCUUGGAGCGACAGCCAAGAAAGCGAAGCUGGCCUUCACGAAGCACGAGCGGUUCUGGCUGCUGGACGGAAAUGUACAGCUCCAGAUAGGGCACACCCGCUUCAGACUGCAUCGCAGCCGCCUCGCCUCGCAAUCUCCAUGGUUCGAGGCGCUUUUCGAGAAGCGAGCUGGAGGAAACCCGACAAUUGAUCUAGACGGCCCCGACCUCGACAAGAUUGUGUUCGAAGACGAGGAUGGGAUGGACAUCAUCUACUUGGACUCCGCGGAGGUUAAGGCGGACGACUUCACGGCACUUCUGACGGCGAUGGACGAUGCAAUCGAGUGUCACACAGACGAUCCCCCCGCCCCUACGCUGGCCGCUAUAUUUCGCGCAGCGAGUAUCUUCCGUUUCGAGAAAUUCAAGGCGUAUGCGCAAAAGAAGCUCACCCACCUCUACCCCAGCUCCCUGAAUAAGGUCAUUGAUGCGUUCCAACCUUACAAUACCAACAUGGUCAUCUUUGCUCGCGACUGGAACCUGCCGCAUAUCCUCAAGAGGGCACUAUACGACAUAGUACGCGACAGUGAGGCCGAAGAAACAUACCAGCCAGACGAAACAGCGCUGGCGGACCUGUAUCCGCGCGACCUGUAUGUGCUGUCGGUAGCGCAGAGAUGGGUCGCGCUAGAGUGGAUGGGUAUUCUAUCGCUCGACCCCUACGAGUGCAAGAACGAGUCGUGUCACUCCAAUUCCGAGAUACACUUGUGGCGUGUCGUUCAUUCCGACGUCAAGAUCGCAGAAACGUAUACAAUCGAUCCGAUAUGCGGCAUGCAGGCCCUCAUCGACGUGGACUGGAAGAAGUACGGGCACUGCGACGCUUGCCAGACGCGGAGGAGGAAUGAGCUGACAGAGCGGCGGAAGAAGCUGUGGGCGGACCUGGACGAUUGGUUCGAGAUCGAGAUGCCGGGGCAGGAAGAAGAGGAUGAAGGGGAUGCUAGCGGCGAUGGCGCGGAGACUUGAUAGCGCUUGGCGUAGAUGGAAUCGCAAACAGCUUGGACGGACAUGCUUGAGUCCUGCCUUCUUGGUUUCUUC